CAAUUUUUGUGUGUAAGAUCAGAAUCUGCAACGUAAUCGAGUAACAUUUCUCAGGUUAGGUAGAUUUAGUAGUCCACUUUAAGUCAGUAGUAGAGUUGGCAUUAGGGACAUGCUGCCAUGCUUUUAUGUUGAAUUUUUUUAACGUUGAAUUUUCUGUAACCACCUCUCCCUUCCUUACAUUUCUGUACCUGCAGCUCUGGGGAAUCAUCAAACAGGGCUACAAGUGCAUAGACUGUGGUGUUAACUGCCAUAAACAGUGUCGGGAGCUGCUGGUUCUGGCCUGUAGGAAGCUGAUCCGCUCGAGUUCUCUGAGGAGCAUUUUACCAGCCAGACUGACCCACAGCUCACUGCCCAGCAGCCCAGCAGUGCCCACCUGUGGAGAUGAGGAUGAGGUGUUUGCGUUCCCAGUGGUCACAUCAACAGGUCCAGCUCUGGACUCUCAGUCCAUCACCUUGAUGACUGGGUCAGCCCAGAGGAUUUCUGUUUGCCUGCAGAGGGCUACCACCAGCCAGGCCACCCAGACCGAUCCCCUGCGGCCCAAACACAACUGGGGGGCCACAGAUUGUGGCUCACACACCUUCCCAAAAAUGAAAUGCAGGACUCACAGGAAAACCUCCGAAAGUAAAGGUUUAGCCUGCUGGGAAAACCAGAAGGAGCAGACAGUUUCUGCAAGGUGCAACACUGACUCUCAGGAGAAGUCUGCCAUCUCAGGAGAGCGUGUGCACAACGGGAUUACACACAGAGGGAAGGUAAGAAAAGAGGCUGUCAAUUUUUAAUUAAACUUGU